UGCUAUAAAUAUGGUGCAAAACUGCAAAUCACGCAAUUAAAAAAUGGUCACGGGGAGUAAUUAAAUCACAGUACAUUUUUUAGUAUUGCUAAAAAUAAAAAAAAGUGGACAAAGUGCGCCAACUAUUAGCUGGACUGAGUGGACUGUCUAUUAGUGACGGUGUGGUCCACGUUAACGCGUCCAGCUCACCCCGCCUUCUCCCACAAGCGUGCGGUCGUUAAUUCCCCACUUUCCCAGCCCUCUUUCCGUCAUUUCCCCCUCCUUCUUACGGAUUUAAAGUGAUUUCCACUUCCCAUUUUCCACGGCAUAUACAGUUAUGAAUUGCGCCUGUGUUUUCCUUUUCCUGGAAAAUUAAAUUCCUUAUGCCGAUAAAUGAAUAAAUACCUGUAAAUAAAAUUACCGGAACAAAUCAUGAAAGCAGAUGCUUUGGAGUUUUCCAACGUCUUGCCUUUUUAAAUGCUACCCAACGCCGAAUAUUUCCUUUCUCUUCCUCCCGCACCACCGCUCCUCCUCCGUCUUCCCCCGCACUUUCUCUCUCUAUAAGCUCCCGCCGGAGGAAGUAUCCGGCAGACUACUCUCUCUGUGCGUCUAGAACUGGAUUGAGAAACGCGAGUUAAUUAGAUCUAAAUCAUCGGAGGACUCAGUUUUCUCUCAAUCUCCAUUUUUGUAUAUAUUGUGGUUAUUGCGGGGUUUAUCUAUCACCAUCAGUGGAGCUGCAUUGCAUUGUGAGUGGUAACUGGUAAGUUUGAUUUCAUUAUUGAUAUUCCAUAUUUCGGUGCUAAGUUUCGUUUCCGGAACUUCUGCUGGCUUUUUGGUGAUGGCGUCAGUAAGCGGCAUUAAAUAUGGCUGAUAUUAAGGAUGUGUUCAUGUGCGUGGCGUGUAGUGUGAUGUCUAUGUUUUUUUCGUGCUGCUUUUUCUCAUGUUGCGCAAGCAAAGACCUCCAUUAGCGGUUCCAUCUAUUUCUCAUUUUCUUCUCCUUUUCGGGAGGCAUGUCUAUUUCUUAAUCUAUUUUCUUCUGUCGGUGCUUCUCAACUAUUGUUAUUUGAUCUCAGCUUAUACUUUAUGAGCUUUUAAUUCAACCGCUACCGGGCCUCUGUGUACGACUUAAAGUCGCGUGGAGCACAUUUAUUAAGCUCUGACUCUGUUUCUCAAGGGGUCAUAAUGGAUCGGAGGAGUUGGCCAUGGAAGAAGAAAUCAUCUGAUAAGGCUGCAGCUGAGAAAAUUCUAAUUCCGGCAGUUGAGUCACCUACCGCAACUACAUUAUCAAAUGCCUCUCAGGGAAAUGAGACAAAGCAGGAAAACUACAAGAAACCAAAAUAUGUGCAAAUUUCUGUGGAGUCAUAUUCACAUCUCACGGGACUUGAGGAUCAAGUGAAAUCCUAUGAAGAACAUGUUAAGAUGUUUGAGGAGGAGGUUAAGGAAUUAAAUGAAAAAUUAUCUGCGGCAGAAGAUGAAAUGACUAACAAGGACAAUCUUGUGAAACAACAUGCUAAAGUUGCUGAAGAAGCUGUCUCAGGUUGGGAAAAAGCUGAGUCAGAAGCUGCAGCACUUAAAAACCACCUGGAAUCCGUCACCCUAUCGAAGCUCAGUGCUGAAGACCGUGCAUUACACUUGGAUGGUGCUCUUAAGGAGUGUAUGCGACAGAUACGGAAUCUAAAGGAAGAGCAUGAACAAAAAUUGCACGAGGUGAUUUUUAACAGAACUAAACAGUUUGAUAAGAUGAGACUUGAACUUGAAGCAAAGAUAUCUAACUUGGAGCAAGAGUUACUUAGAUCCGCAGCAGAAAACUCUGCUCUAUCAAGAUCUCUUCAAGAACGCUCUAACAUGCUGGUUAAACUCAGUGAUGAAAAAUCACGAGCUGAAGCAGAGAUAGAACAUCAAAGGAGCGAUAUUGAAUCUUGUGACAAGGAGAUAAAUUCGCUAAAAUAUGAACUCCAUGUCAUCGCCAAAGAGUUGGAAAUUAGAAACGAGGAGAAAAACAUGUGUGCACGGUCCGCAGAAGUUGCAAAUAAGCAACAUCUGGAAGGAGUAAAGAAGAUAGCUAAGCUUGAAGGAGAGUGCCAAAGAUUACGCGGCCUUGUACGGAAGAGGUUGCCUGGUCCUGCAGCACUUGCUCAAAUGAAGCUUGAGGUUGAGAGCUUGGGACGUGAUUAUGAAGAUACCAGGCUGAGGAAGUCCCCAGGAAAGCCUCCCAACAGCCCACACUAUCCUGCCACGCCUGAUUAUUCUUUUGACCACAUCCAGAAGUUCCAAAAAGAGAAUGAACAUCUAACGGAGAGACUGCUGGGAAUGGAGGAGGAAACAAAGUUGCUGAAAGAAGCUUUGGCAAAACGUAAUAGUGAACUACAAGCUUCUAGAAGUUCUUGUGCAAAGACUGUCAGCAAACUUCAAAGUCUAGAGGCACUUCUGCAAGCAAAUGGUGAUGAUCAUAGAAGUCCUUCAAAGAAUAACCUUCCGAGCUUGACCUCCAUGUCUGAAGAUGGCAAUGAUGAUACAAUGAGUUGUUCUGGAUCUUGGGCUACAUCAGUUAUGCCUGAUCUCUCCCAUGCCAAGAAGGAUAAUUAUAAUAACCUCGAAAGUCCAUGUAGGUCUGAUAGUGCAAGCCAUCUGGAGCUUAUGGAUGACUUCUUGGAGAUGGAGAAAUUAGCUUAUCUCUCAAACGACACGAAUGGAGGAGGAGUUUCAAGCUCAGAAAACCAGUCAUCUUGUAACAAGGAGGAGGUAUCAAAACCUGAUUCCCAACUAGUUUCUGAGGAAGCUACACCGUUCACAACACUUCAGUCAAAAAUUUCAAAGGUGUUUGAGUUAGUGACUAAGGAAGCUGACAUGGAAAAGAUCUUGGACGAUAUUAGACGUGUUUUGGAAGAAACAUCAGAAACAUUGAAUCCUCAUCCAUCAACAGAUGAAGUCGAGGUUCAUGAUGUAGCUUCAGAAAAUAGUGUUUCAAUAUCUCAGGAAUUGGCAGAUGCUAUAAAUCAAAUUCAUGUGUUUUUAAUGUUCAUAAGCAAAGAAACAAAGGCUUUGCAGGCCACUUCUACCUCUGGGAAUGGACUCUCCGAAAAACUGGAUGAGUUCUGUGUAAUGUAUUCGGAGGUUGUAAACAGAAAUGUAAGCCUUGUGAAAUUUGUUUUGGACCUGUCAGCUCUGUUGAGUAAAGUGAGCGAACUACACUUCAACAUACUGGGUUAUAAAAAUUCAGAAAUGGAGAUUAGUUCUGCUGAUUGCAUAGACAAGGUUGCUUUACCAGAGAACAAAGUUCAACAGAACAUGGAAGAUGGAUAUUCAGAUUCUGCCUCUGAUCGUGACAUUUCUCACGAUAGUAGUUUAGUUCCUACAUCUGAGUCAUGGAAAUGCUCGUCUGAGGAGUUCGAACAAUUGAAAUCAGAGAAGGAAAAUCUGGUGGCUGAUCUUGUUAGAAGAACUGAGAACCUAGAAAGCACAAAAGCACAGUUGGCUGAGACAGAGAUGUUGGUUGCAGAGGUCAAGUCACAGUUAGUAUCUGCUCAGAGAUCGAAUGGUUUGGCAGAGACACAGCUUAAAUGUAUGGCAGAGUCAUAUAAGUCGCUGGAAACACGUGCGGAGAAGUUACAAACGGAAGUCAAUGCUCUCCAGGCGAAAAUUGAUACACUGGAGUUUGAACUUGAAGAAGAAAAGAAGGGUCAUCACGAUGCUCUAGCUAAAUGCAAGGAUUUUCAAGAGCAACUGGAAAGGAUUGAAAGCUUGAAAGCGGAGAUUGAUGCGAAGACAACACAAGAGAAGGACUUGGCAGCAGCAGCAGAAAAACUAGCAGAAUGUCAAGAAACAAUAUUUCUUCUGGGAAAGCAGUUAAAGGGAUUGCGUCCUGCUCAGGCCCUUGGGGAACCGGCAGAGUUCAUAGGUUCCCCCCAGCCUCAGAAAGGGGACAGUAGGGUAAGCGGAGAAGAGGAAGAACCAACUAUAAGCGGUGGGGGGUCAGGCUUGCAUCACACUGACCCGACGACUACCAAGAUGGAAACGGCUUCCAGUCAGAAGUUGAGUGUUCACGAGUCAUCCCACGUGGAGCUAUACGAUGCCCCGUAUAGUCCGUCGGACUCGGAGUCAAGUCACCCGUUAAGAUCCCCCCUUAACUCAAAACAUCGGUCCACUAAAUCCACCUUACCUUAUCCUCCUCAUGCACAAACUCCAGAAAAGAACUCACGUGGCUUCAGCAGAUUCUUCUCCACUAAAGGCAAAUAUUAGGACUUUGGCAUCUCUCCUAACACCAGCUCAUCAUCAUCACAGUAAUAAAAUGUGAACAGACAUACAACCGGAUAACCUGAAGAGUUAUAUAUAUAAUAAGGAUAGUCCCCUUAAUGUAGAGCAACUUGGCCUCAGAUUCUGGGAUUUGAAGACAAAAUACAGUGUGGCGCCAUGGGUGGUGGCUUUUUGUUUGAAGUGCAGGUCAGCUGGGAUGAUGGUGAACAUUUAUUUUCUUGGAUAUGAACUGGUCGUGAGACUUGUCUAAUUUUAGUAAGUGCUUUAUGUUGUGCUUUUUCGUCAUCAAGAGUAUGUGCAUGCGCUUUGGUAUUACUGUUUGGAUGUAUAUGAUUUUUUUUUUGUGUGUGUUUUUACCCUGAUGGCAAGUUCCAUGCCGCCGUUAGAUGUUAGGUCCAAACAGUUAUCCAGACACUGAUAAAGAUUAAAGACUUCUCUAUAUAUGAAAAUAAGUUAUUUCUUUACUCCGUUCAUUUGAACUUAUUAUUGUACUGAUGAGUCUCCCUCGGAUAUGAAGUUGUAGACACG